CCAGUGGCUCAGAAUCAUACAAGAGAUAUGUCUGGUAUCUGGACAUCGACAGUUUUUGGACGUUAUCGGUUUUCGGCACUAAGAAAAAGUGCGCUAACUGAAACCGAACCCCAACACUCCGCGCAUCUCUAUUUGGCUCCUUUCUCUGGAACCUCUUUCAGAUUCAAUUCAAUUCAAUUUCACUAGGGAAAAAAUUUGAAGCUCAAAAUGAUGCAGAUUAAAACCCUAGCUCAUCGUCCUCCUCUAAUUUCUCCUCAAAAACCUAAUUUCAAGCAUUAUUAUUCUCAAUCUCCCCUGCAUUUGCUGACUCUUCGCACCCACAGCUCUAUUUUCCCUUCGAGUGUACACCUUUCCGCGCCAAAGUACCGCAGAAAUCGAUUUAUGCGCAAUUGCAUCAACUCGAAUCACGAUGUAGUUUAUAAUGACCAGGAAAUCGAGAGAGAAAAUGACAGUAAAAUUGCUUCUGUUUCGUCAUUUCAAGAAGGAGAGGAGACAGAAGUAGAGGUUAAAAGAGAGGCAUUGGAGAAUCAGACUAUGUGGAACCAAAUGAGGGAGAUUGUAAUGUUUACAGGGCCUGCUACGGGGCUGUGGCUAUGUGGGCCGUUGAUGAGUCUCAUUGACACUGCUGUUAUCGGUCAGGGAAGCUCAAUUGAGCUUGCUGCUCUGGGACCUGGAACGGUGGUUUGUGAUUAUAUGAGUUAUGUGUUCAUGUUCCUUUCAGUUGCCACUUCAAAUUUGGUUGCCACUUCGCUUGCGAGACGGGAUAAAAAUGAAGUGCAGCAUCAAAUAUCUAUCCUUCUGUUUGUUGGGUUAGCUUGUGGCGUCUUGAUGUUUUUAUUUACAAGAUUCUUUGGUUCGUGGGCAUUAACUGCAUUCACAGGACCAAAAAAUGUUCAUAUUGUACCUGCAGCAAAUACAUAUGUUCAGAUUCGAGGUUAUGCAUGGCCAGCAGUUAUUGUUGGAUGGGUUGCUCAGAGUGCAAGUCUUGGAAUGAAAGAUUCCUGGGGACCUCUGAAGGCCUUGGCAGUUUCUAGUAUUUUCAAUUUUGUUGGUGAUGUAGUUCUGUGCAGCUUUUUAGGUUACGGGAUAGCUGGUGCUGCAUGGGCAACAAUGGUCUCUCAAGUUGUUGCAGCUUAUAUGAUGAUUGAAGCUCUAAACAAGAAAGGAUAUAAUGCAUUUGCUUUCUCUGUUCCAACACUUGAUGAAAUUUUGACAAUAGUUAGGCUUGCAGCUCCAGUGUUUGUAACAAUGAUGUCAAAGGUUGUCUUUUACUCUCUCCUUAUAUAUUUUGCUACAUCUAUGGGUACAUAUUCUGUAGCUGCUCAUCAGGUCAUGCUUCAAACAUACAGCAUGUGCACGGUAUGGGGUGAGCCUCUUUCUCAAACUGCACAAUCAUUUAUGCCUGAGUUGAUAUAUGGUUUCAAUCGAAGCUUGGAAAAGGCACGGAUGUUACAGAAGUCACUUGUGAUUAUUGGAGCUACACUUGGAUUGGUGUUGGGGGUCAUUGGAACAUCUGUUCCUUGGUUGUGCCCAAAUCUCUUUACGCCUGAUGAAAAUGUUAUACGGGAGAUGCAUAAAGUUCUUUUACCGUACUUCAUGGCAUUGGCAAUUACACCUAGCACUCAUAGCCUUGAAGGAACGUUGAUGGCUGGACGGGAUCUCAAAUUUCUUAGCCUAUCAAUGACCGGAUGCUUGUGUGUCGGUGCCCUUGUAUUGAUGCUUGUGAGCAGCAGAGCAUAUGGUUUGGCUGGCUGCUGGUGUGCACUUGUGGGAUUUCAAUGGUCACGAUUCUUUCUCGCUCUCCAGCGACUUCUUUCUCCUGAUGGAAUAUUGUACUCCGAAGACUUGAGCCGAUAUAAAAUUGAGAAGCAGAAAGCUGCUUAGCUUAAAUACAUGAGAGAACAAACACGUAAUGAACGUGUUCCAACAGGAAUCAGAAUUUGUAGACGUAGGACCUGAGCUGCAAUCAGCAGACACACCAUUCCUAUACUUCAGAUAUAAAACAAUCGUUAGCAUCAAAGAGGUUGCCCGAAGUAACAAUCUGCCCUGAAGCUGUGAUGUGUUUUUUUUCCUCUUACAGCUUAUAACGCCCUCAAAAUCAAUUCUUGUAAUUGUAUAUUACUCUAAUCAGCAGGAAUAUUUUCCCCAAUGGGAAUAAUUUGCAGAACCAGCAUUCUUUAUUCUUCUUCUUCUUCUUUUCAUUUGAAAGUCAAACUGAAUAAAAUUUGGUUAACUUGGGUGGGCUGGUUUGGGCCUUUUUACC